UUCCUUUCAUAACCAGAGUUGGAAUAAAUAGUUGUUUUGGACCAGACUGCAAAGAUACAAUUUUUGAAUGCACGGAACCCAACACUGCCACAAUGAUUUAUCUUUCAGGGCUUGUUGGCUUUCUGCUGGUGUUUACAGCUGAGGCCAGAGUUGGAAACUCAUCUCAGUUACAGUUCUGUUCUGAGACAGAACAAUGCCUGCUGUUUGACCUGAUUUGUAAGACUGACCAAUAUGAGGUCCGCCACUAUGACUCUGUGAAAUGGGUUGCAACUGAUGAGACAUCCUUCUUCCAGGAGAUUGCACAAGUUAGAGCGUUCAGACGACUGUAUGACUACAUCACUGGUGCCAACGUGAAUGGAACGAAAAUUCAAAUGACAACUCCUGUCGUUGUGAAAAUCAUGGACAAGAAAUUUUGGGAAAUGGGUGUCUACACAUUGUAUUUCUUGCUGCCAGCUGAACAUCAGAAGGAUCCCCCCAAACCCACUAAUGAUAAGGUGUACUUCCGUGACACGCCAGAUGUGAAUAUGUAUGUACUGAGCUAUGGAGGAUGGAUGACGAGCCUGUCUGACAAAAACAAAGCUUACAGUCUGUCUUCUGCCCUUGACUCAGCUGGUGCAGAAUACAAAAAGGGCUUCCACUACGCUGUUGGAUAUAACAGUCCUAUGACGCUGUUUAACAGGCACAAUGAGGUGUGGUUUGUCGCUGAGGAUGACCCAGUGUGUUCCAGCAGCAGUGAGGAAUCGUAGUUUUCUCCAUUCUCCUAAAGGUUAUGAGCCCUGUGCAACGACUGCUUACAGCAAAUAGUCUUACAUGGAGAUGCUGUGGCUGGGCAUUGUUUCAAGUCACAAAGUGUCAUAUAAAUUCCCUGCCAAACAGAAACAAAAUGUUAAUGAAUGUUAAUGAAGUGAAUACACCAUGCACUACUUGUGAUUUUACUCUAGAUGGCUGAUGGUUUUCUGUUAUAGUCAAUAAAGUUACCUUUUGCAGUGA